CGUUUUCCCCUUGUUGAAGUCGGCUUAUCGUGCUUGUAUCAUCUCAUCGUAUAAGAGAGGAUCGAAAAUCACCAACGAUCCCAAUCAAUCUCUUUGUCCCUCUUCCUCUACGAAAUUGAAUCAUUAAAAGAGAAAAUUUUGAUGGAAAAGGCGAAAUCUGCUCCACAAGCGGUUGAAAUCUCGUUGAAGAAGCUCGAUCUGAACGCCGAUUGGAACUCUAAAUCCCCUCUUUUGACUCCUUCGUUUCACUCUUCAAAGUUACGCUUUGAGAAGACGAGACCUCCUAGUUUAGUGAGCUUGUGCCUUGGAGUUGUAGGUCAGCAUCUGGAGGACAUUAUCGAGGAUUUAAAUGAAAUUGCUGUUAAUUUUCCCGCUGACAUUAAGAUAGCAUUGGCAGCAAUAGCAAGGAGAAGAAAAUUACUGAGUGAUGAUGUCAUCAUCUCAUUGGCCGAUAGUUCUUGGGAAAUUCUUGACCUUUCAGGUUCAGAUGUUACUGAUUUUGGCUUGGCAAAAGUAGCUGAAAUGUGCCAAUCUCUUCGGGCCAUGGAUAUAAGCCAAUGCAAAAAAAUUACUGCCAAUGGUGUAUCCGAACUAGUGCAGCACUGCCAUUCGUUGGAGACGUUGAGAUGCGGGGGGUGCCCUUCAAGCGAGUCCACAGCCCGAAGAUGUUUAGGCAUAUUGAAGCCAAAGCUGAAUGAUGUGGAGGGAGAUUCUUGGGAGGAGCUUGAUACCAUGGAGAUUGGUCAUGGUGCACAGUCUUUACGUUGGCUUGUGUGGCCAAAAAUUGAUGAAGACUCGUUGGAGAUGAUGUUGGCCGAAUGUCCACGGAUAACCGUAAAUCCAAAGCCCUCACUCUUUGGCUUUAAAGGUACUGAAGUUCCUAGGGAGGCAUUUCCGGAUGUUGCUUUGGAUGAUCCAAUAGUCAAGGACAUUGAUCCCAGAACAUGGUCUAUUUAUCGGUCUACAGCUAAAGCAAUAUCUCAGACACUUCCAAGUGCCAAUGAGUUAUCCAUAGCAGAAAAAUUUAGACUAGCCUUUGUGGAAAGAGACACACGGUUAGCUCCGAAGCGGGCAAAAAAUGCAAGACAGCAUCAACGUCGAUUGGAGAGGGAGUGGGUGAUGACGAGUACACGAGCGAAGGCAUUAGCUUUGGCAUCACAAGCAACCAAAUCUCUGCAUGGUCGAAGCUGAUGGUCAAGAUAUCCUAAUUGGGGAACGCAACCUGUAAAGUACAUGGUAGUGUAAUGGCAAUAACUUGAUCUUGCAUUUUUUGCCAUCCAUCAUGAUCCUCUGGGACCUGGAGUUUUGUUAAAUUAGUGUAACUUGUUGAAUUCUGAAUACAAAUGUAAUACUUAGUCCUAAAGCGUUGCUUUCUGCGGACACAUUUAUGGAAUGUAGUCGAGUCAAGCAUAUCUCUAUUUGAAAG